ACAAGCGCAGCUGUAAAAUACCGGUACGUAGCUGAGCGAGCUAGAACAGGAUCACUUGGAGCAGAGUCUUUCGUAAAAUGGCCACCGAAGCAGAAAAACUGGGGAUAACUUCGAAGCAGUAUGAUAUAUUCUUAAAGUUUAAAGAGCGAGUUUCUGAUGCUAUUCAGCCAUACCAUGAUGAUUACUGGCUCCGUCGGUUCUUGAGAUCAAAAAAGUUCGACAUAAAAAAAGCAGAGAGUCUCUUCAGAAAAGAUAUAGUUUGGAGAGAAGAAAACAAGGUUGCAACAAUAGCACAAGACUUUAAGAUUCCUGAGGUUUUAGAGAAGUAUCGCAUUGGAGGGACUAUUGGAUGUGGCAAAGAUGGUCGACCUAUCUUUCUGGAUCCAUUCGGUCUUAUUGAUUUCAAAGGCCUUCUACAUUCAGUGACACAGACAGACAUAAUGAAGUUCUACAUCCAGCGUUUCUCGGGUCUUAAUGAUCUUAUGAUUGAACAAUCAAGGAAGUUGAAUACUAAGGUUGAAGGAAUCCAUUUUAUUAUGGACUUUGAACAUCUUGGAAGACAGCAUCUCUCAAGGCCAUCUACUCAGCUACAAAUUACUAUUGUGAACAUGUGCGAGGAUCAUUUUCCAGAGUUGUUGUAUCGUGUAUACAUCCUUCGUAGUCCUCGUCUCUUUCCUGUCCUUUACUCUCUUGUCAGUCCUUUCCUUGGAGAACGCACACGCAACAGGACAGUCUUCUGUAAAGAUAACUUUGCAGAAGUUCUUCUUAAGAACAUUGAUGCAGAGGUACUCCCAAGAUAUUGGGGAGGAACCAGGGAGGAAGAUGGCGAUGGUCAAUGUCCUUCUAUUGUAAGAAGAGGAGGGAAGGUUCCUAAAGAAUUCUAUCUGACAGGAAAAACAUUGUCCAUUGAUCCAUCUCAGAUGACCAAGAAGGAGGUCUCUAGCCGUGGAUCAUUAGAACUCACAUACCCUGUCACAAAGCACAAUAGUCUCAUUAAUUAUGAGUUCCGGACCCAGGACAGUGACAUUGCGUUUGGGAUCAAAUUCAUAGGAGAGGAUGGAACCAAGACUGCAAUCAUUGAGUCUCAAAGACUCAAUUGCCAUCGAGUUCCAGAAAUGGGUAGCAUUGAUCUUAAAGAUCCAGGAACAUAUGUAGUCAAGUUUGACAACAGCUACAGCUGGACAAAGAGUAAGAAACUACAUUAUUGGAUUGAGCUUCUAGAACCCGAUGGUAAGAUAGAGGAAGACAUGGAGAAACAGGAUCAUCAGGUAGAUGAGCCAGACUUCUUACCAGCUGAAGAAGGCUAGUAAUCUUCAUACUAUUAAUACAUAGAUGUUGGAACAAUUCUGAGUAGCCAAAAAUGAAUUGGAGACAAAGGAUGAUUUUCGUUAAAAUGUGGUAAUAGCCCCUGUAAACUGCCAUUGGGUUAAAUAUAAGAUCAUGCAACUGAACAACUGCAACUGCCAAUUUCAAAUCUCCUAGAAACCACAAAAAUCUGUUUGACUUACAAGAUCUUUGGCUUGGGGAUAAGUCAAUAUAUGUUUUGCAGAAAGCUCCUUUUUACUUUGGGAACUAUUUGAUUCUAUAUUGGAGGAUGACUUAUGCUGACUUUACUGUAUGUUUGUAAUGAACCAAAAUUAGUGUUAUUCAGAAAAUAUUAAAUACUUCCAUCUCAGACAUAUCUGCACUGAGCUUGUUUUAAAGAACAUCAUUCAUGACAGGUAUACUAAUUGGCAAAUUUUAACAGAAAUUAAUACAAUAAAGAUGAAUUUAUAGAUGAAAUCUAAAGAUAGAAAAUAUAAUGUUCACAGAAUUGAUCAAAAGUUACACAGAAUUAUUUAUUUGAAAAUAAGAAAUGAUAUCUACCAAACGAUUUUUCAGGAAAAUGUAUAAGUACAGAUUAAUGAGCAAAUGAAGAUCAGGAAAUUGAAAAAUGCUUAUCCUUUUGUAGUGUGGUCCCACAUGCUUUUUCCUGUGUUAGCUACAUAAGAAAAAGGUCAUGGUAAUGGCAUGAAUAUAAUUUUGAGCAAGCCUGAAUUAUUUUGAUUAAACUUUGUUGUUCUAAAUAAGCAUUCUGGCAUAUGAUAAACAGUUUAGGAUUGGUUCUAACCAUUUACUAUCAAAAUUGGCUUAUUAUACCAGAACUUAUACUUGACUUUAAUGUAUAAAAAUCCUGAUGUAGGAAUAUGAAAAGAUAUUUUAUAAUAAUAAUAAUAUAGGUAUAUUUCUCCCAGUGGGCUCUGCCAUUAUUAUUAACCCGGCUUUUUCUCUUAUUUUCUGGGGUUGAGUAUAUAUUGGUGCCGUUCUGUGUGGCUAAAUCAUAUCUUAGACAGGCUCUGCUAAUGAAUUAAGAUUAUACAAAGACUAAAUGGCUGAACAUUUACUUUAUAUUGAAGGAUGUUCAAUUUACUGGUAUCUUCAAGAGUUUGUGAACUGUGUUAAGUUAUUGCUACCUCAAGAGGACUUUCUGUUGGAGUUAUUUUUUUCAACAUGUAACCUAAUCCUGAGACAAAUUUUCUUUUAAGCGUAUACUAUCACUUCUUUGUUUUACAAGAGAUCACCAACUUAAAGUUCCAAUAUAGUUAUGUUGCCAACACUAAUGUAAAUUCAUGAUGUCAUGCUAUUCAUGUGGUGGGAUGGAACAAUAGAUCACCCCCCUUGAUCAGUAGGAUAACUGCAUGGAUUUACACCAGUGUUUAAUACCCAAUGAUACAAUCAGCUUGUUAUCCUAUUCCGUGUGCUUUUAUGGGGUCCCAGCUUCUAUUGCGGUUGUACCUUUGAUUUUUAUAAUUUAUAUCCUUGUAUUAUUCCUUGUAUUAUACUAGCCAACAUUCAGGCUUGGUUAAAGUGAAUUUAGUUGAGCUCCCAGGGAGCAAUAACUGAAAACCACGGAACUCUUUUUUUCUACAUUUACAUCAUGAUGUCAUACUGUCAACCAUGACCAAUAAUCAAAUGAUUUCCAAAAUUGCUUUAUUUUUUUUUCUGCAAAUCAUCAAUUUUCCAUGUUAUUUUUAUUUUCAGGUGGGUUGAGGGACAUAUCAAAAAGCCCAAUUUUGUUUUUAGAAAAGUCUCCCUUGAUUGCAUAAAUGUAUUUUUCUUCUUCUCUACGGCCCAUAUUAUGCACUUGAGUUUAACUCAAACUCUCGUCUAAAGUUGUGAUUUAACUGUGGAUAGCCAAUAUUGCACUAAUCUCUAAAAAGUUCAAUAUGUCAGUAUAUUGGGUAAUAAUUUCAUUCAUAAUUGUCUGGAAAUAAUGACAUUCGUUUUCUCAACUAUAUAAAACAUUGGGUAAGAAUAUAUAGAAAACACAAGAAACAUACAAUGAAAAAUGACAUUUUUGGCUUUCAAUAAAUUUCAGCGAAGUUGAAUAGUUGCCCGACUUACAUUUCACUUCAGAAUAUUAGGUCUAAGAUUUAGAUUAAGAUAAGGUAUUCACUCUAAUGAUCUAUCAUAUUUUGAGACUAUCAUAUCUUUCUGAAAUUCUUUCUUUAGCUUAUAAUCUGUACUUGAUAAGAUUUACCAUGGCUGGUAGAAUCCAUUACACUGAUUUGAAUUAAUGUUCAACUUGCUUUCACAUGUUUUUAAUACCAGUGAUAUACCUAUUGGGGGAUUUACAUAUUUAAAAAUAUAGUACAUAUUUGCAUUCAUCAAUGCAUAAAGAAUGUUUUUUAAGCAUGUCCCAACUAUAUUCUAUGUAUAAGUAAGUGGUACAAUGUGAUAGGUGUAUUAAUCUCAUUAAAUGAAUGUUCUUUAUUAAUGUUUUGUAAUAUAUGAAAGGUUAUUUUCCAUUCACUAUUCAUUUAUGAAUGAUUCGCUAUGCUUUGAAAGUAAUUUGACAAGAUCUGCAUAGUUUUUUUAUGUUGACUUUUAAUAUCAGAAUGUAAAGUGUAAAUACUACUUUGUGGGAUUGGUCCUCAUUGCUCUCAUUUACAUAUGUAUUUUUAAAAAAAUGUUAAUAGCUGCUUUUUGGAAUUCUAUGAUAAUUUCUAUUAUGUCAUUUUGAGAAUCUUUCAUACACAUUUAUAAUGCUGCAAAAAAAGUAUUCCAUUUUUAUUUUGUGCUUUUUUUUAAAUGGUAUUACUGCUCAAGGAACCAGGGUCUAAUAGAUUGUAAUUGCUUCUGAAACUUCUGAAAGCUCCAGUCUCUUGUCAAACUGAUUUCAAAUGGUCAUUAUUUUAUUUAUAUUCCACAUAUGAAAUCCUUGUGCUUCUCUUCAAGUAGAAUUUUGGAAAAAAUAGUAAAGAUCUUAGAAAAAAUGUGCUCAAGCCAAUGCUUUUUUUACUACUAGUGUGUAUGUAAACUGCACACUCAUCUUUCAUAAAGAUAAUUGUGAUGUCACAAAGGAAUUUUACCAUCACUAUAUGUGAUGGAAAAUGUAGAAAAAACUGAGGGGAAUGCAGUUUUAUUUCAUGCCUACUCAAAUUGAUUGGUGAAAUUUUGUGUUAUAGGCUGAAGUAAUAAGCAAAUCUGACAAGUAUUUUUUUAUGAUUGAUGGAUUAAGUAAAAAUGUUCACAUCAGUUUUGUUGUUAACCAAUCCUAAGCAAAUUCUUAGUUUUAUGGUACAUGUCAUUGAUCAAAUUGACAUCAAUGUUGAUGUAGUAUUUAUUGAAUGAGUUUUUCAUGUACAGCAGAGAAAUUUCAUAUUGAUUCAUAUAUCUAUGUUCCCACUUGGCUAUAUUUGUAUUCCAUACCAGCGUGUUUCAUCAUAAAUGUGUAUAUUUGGGGGAUAAUUUAAAGACAAUGAAAAUAUUUUCAUCAUUAACAUGUUGUCGGGAAUUUGUAUUCAUCAAAGAUAUACAUAUAUUUUUCUAAAUAAAGAUUUCUGUAUUUAGUGAUUUGGCUACAUGAUAAUGUAAGCUCUAAAUUCAAAUCUGUGCUUAGAGAAAGUUAUUUUUAUAUGAAGGAUUAAUGUCUGUAAAAGAACUAAGUACUAGUAUAUGUGACCGUCAUUGUACAUGUAUAUCGAUGAAAGCUGAAUUUGCUGAAAAUGCUCCAUACUGAAACUUGAACAAAUCAAGAAAAAAGUACUUUAAUAUAUUCCUGUUAACCAUAACAUUUUAAAUAUGUCAUUGUUUUAUUGGAUGUGGCAGUGUAUAAUCCAUUCCAUGUAUUCAGUACUAAUGUUUCAUCACAUUUUCGUUAUAAAUAAAAUCAUAAAUGGUUUUCAAACAUA